GUACUCUGUGUCCCUUGGACACAGAGGAUCACCAAUCCACGGAAAGAGCCGAAGAUGUCGGCUCGGUCAUGUGAUCAGCUGUUUCCAAUCACAGCUGAUCACAUGGCACUGAUGAUCGGUGUGCCCUGAUGAUCCGUGUGGCCCCAGAAGUGCCACCUGUCAGUGUCCAUCAGUGCCACGUGCCAGUGCCCAUCAGUGCCACGUGCCAGUGCCCAUCAGUGCCACAUCAAUGCCACAUAUCAGUGCCUACCAGUGCACAUCAAUGCCACAUAUCAGUGCCCAUCUGAGCUGCCCUUCAGUGUCACCCAUCAGUGCCAGUCAGUGCCACCUAUCAGUGCCAGUCAGUGCCGCCUAUCAGUGCCAGUCAGUGCCACCUAUCAGUGCCAGUCAG